AUGGACUGCAGUCUCCCAGCGCCGAAUAUGAACACGCGUGUCGUGAAGUGUGCUCUCAAACGAGGAGGUCAAAGGACACUCGGAAGAGACGGAAGCGCUCGCCUGGAUGUUGGCGCCGGGAACGACCUCAAUGGCGGCAUCGGCGCCGGGCUUGACGGAGGGGCUGGCGCUGGUGCCGCUGUCAACAGUGGCCUGGGUGCCGGCACCGGCGGCGGUCCCGAGGGAGGCCUCGGCAGUAACGUUUGUCUGAACGGCCAGGGCCUCGAUGCUGACCUCGGCGACCUGGGCGCGAGCGCCGGUGGUUAA